AUGGCGUCCUCUAGCUGUGUCCCUGAGCCUCCUGUCAACGAGGUUCCUGCCGAUGCUCGCUCAGUAUCGGACGAAUCGGACUCUAGCAACGAGGAAGGAUGGGAAGAUGUCGAGCCUGAGGAUGAUUCCCAACCGGUCGUGGGACUGUUUUCGGACGUUGUUUUCCCUGAUGUGCGCUCAAUGCUGAAGGAGUGCAAAGACAAGAACAACUUCGACCUGGUGAAGAUCCAGAAGGACCUUGAUCUGGAUUUCCUGGACACCAUCAAACUGGUCAACUACGUUCGAUCCGAGGUGAAGGCAGGAAACCUCUCCCCCGACGUUUCCUCCAAGGAGAAGUUCGCCGAUGACGCCUACCUGAAGCCUGUCCUGGAGGACGAUGCUGUCUUGUAUAGCUUGGAUGACAUCAAUGAGGAUCAGAUCGAAGAACCCGCCCCCGGGACCGAGGCCGAGCGCAAAGUUCUCGAACUCCAAGAGGAGCUGGAGCGCUUGCAGACCCAGUUUUCCGAGUACCGGCUUGCUGUGCAAAAGUCGUUGGACGACCAGUUGAACAAGGAAGAUGAGAAGCUUGAGCCCGGUGAGAAUGCAAAGAGGCCUGUCAAGGAUCGCCUCGAGGAUGCUGAAGCCGACUACUUCACCUCUUAUUCCUACAACACCAUCCACGAGUCCAUGCUGAAGGACGCCAUUCGCACCGAUGCCUACCGUGACUUUGUCUACGAGAACAAGCAUCUUUUCAAGGACAAGGUUGUCCUGGAUGUGGGCUGUGGAACUGGUAUUCUGUCCAUGUUCUGUGCCAAGGCGGGUGCGAAGAAGGUCAUCUCGGUCGACAACUCGAACAUCAUCGACCGGGCCCGCGAAAUCGUGUACGACAACGAUCUGGGUGAUGUGAUCACAUGUGUCCGUGGUAAGAUCGAAGAGGUCACCCUGCCCGUUGAUCAGGUCGACAUCAUCAUUUCCGAGUGGAUGGGCUAUGCCUUGCUCUUUGAGGCCAUGUUUGAUUCUGUCAUCUACGCUCGCGACCGCUACCUCGCUCCUGGCGGUCUGAUGGUCCCAUCUCACGCCACCCUCCGCGUUGCACCCUACGCUGAUUCCGACUUCAUUGCAUCGCACAUCUCGUUCUGGAACAACGUGUACGGUUUCAAGAUGAACAGCAUGCAAUUGAACAUCCACGACGAAGCCCUUGUUCGCCACGUCCCGACCACCUCCAUUCCUGCGGAGUCGGCUGUCUUCCUGCCUUUGCCCCUGCACACCAUCACUGUUGAUGAGUUGACCUUCUUGAAGGACUUCAAGGUCACCCUGAACGAGGACAUUGACGCUCUUGAUGGCUGGGCGAUUUGGUUCGACAUCUUCUUCAUGCCCUCUGCGGAUUCCACUGUGCCCGAGAACGCCGUGCCUGCCGAUAUGCAGAAGAAGGGCUUCGUUGGAUUCACCACUGGUCCCUAUGGAACCGAGACCCACUGGCAGCAGACAAUCUGUCUGAUCGACCAUGGAAAGGAGGAGCCCAAGCCUUUGAAGAAGGGCCAGGUUCUUACUGGUAAGAUUGGCUACCAGAAGAAGGAGCAAGGCUCGCGUCUGCUGGACCUUAGCAUCCAGUGGCAGGCCGAUGAGAGCAACAAGGGUGAGCAGCGCUGGUCACUUCAGUGA